GAGCAAGCCGACAUCGAGCCCACGCAACGACAAACACUGUCGCAACUCAGACUAGCUCGCAAAAGCUCACGCCUUCUUUAUAAAAGAUAUCGCAAUUCGCUUUGUUGCUUCUGGGACGCUACAUGCUGCUUUAGCUUCACAUUUGCAGUACGAGAGGUAAAAUAGUCCAGCAUAUGCUGCACUUUGUUUACUUUCGAUCUCAGGCGUGACCAAACAGAAAGAUUGAGAUCUCAAUAUCUCGGAUUCAACGAGCAGCUCUAUGAACAGGUAUAAUGAAGCAAAGAUCCAAAACGAAUAUGGGUCAAAAAAAGCGUAAUAAGGAAGUCUCACCGCAUUCUGAGCCGAAGAUUGCAGUUCAAGACGCAUGCGCCAGACUAACGUCAUCGACGAUGGUUGCCUACGUUGGAAAUGACGACAGAAUCAACUCAGUUACCCCUCGCCAAGCCAACGCAGGUUCAGACUUUGAAUUGGUUACCAUGGAACCUGAGCCUACAGUUGAGGAAGAAGAAGUGCCCGCUGUUCAGGUAUACCAGAAGGAAGGGAGUCUAGCUCCCCCCCAGCAUCCACUACGAGAGCCUUCACCCUUCCCAAGCCAUCCAUUGUUCACCGAUGCAGACUCUCUACAGGCCGCUGUAGCCAAGAACCCCAGACGCAUUUGUGAAGCUAUUCGGAAGCUGCUCAAUGAGCGUGCUUGUCUGAGAGUCGACUUGUCACGUACAUCUGCAGAAUUGAUAUCUGUUACCGAAGAUCUAGAGAACACUCGGAUUGAUCACAAAGCUGCUCGAAGUAGGUACGAGGACUUGUUUCGGGUAGCCAGCGCUAAGCAAGCCAUUCUUUGGAAAUACAUCGAGUCACUACACAAUCAGCUGGCUUCUACAAAAGGACAGCCUGGUUCAGAUCUUGGAGCUAGAAAUGAGCAGGGCACGGCCAUGGAGACUGGAGGAGGACCGGCGAUGGGUGUCCCAAUGGAGCAGUGGAUCACUGAUGGGAUGGAUGAUAGCAUUGGGCCAAGACACAGCGAAGAGGACAGUGAACAGGGAACAGAUCGUUCUGUCUGGAGUGUUGAUGACAUCUACGGAGCAAAGAGCCUGGACCCAAAUGCACACACCUUCAUACCACAAAUCAGCAGCAGCCCAGAAAAGCAAAUCAAAACCCGAAACUCUGACCAGGAUUGGGAUAAAGGCACCCCUUCAACGCCGACUACGCACAACGAUUCGUAUGCGGUACAAGAUCCAUUCCAGGAUCAGUCGCGGGGUCAACAAAGUUGGCGGAAUAUACAGCUUCCAAGCAUACAAUUACAGGGACGGGGAGCACCCGAAAGCCUGGUUGCAUCUCUCCCACCACGAUGGUACGGCAUCUGUCCAUACUCUCUCGCCAGUGCCAAACCAUGCCCUUUGGGAGUCAACUGCGAAUUCGUCCCUCUCUGCCCCAAUUACAACAACGAGAAUGGAGACGGCUGUGCACUUUUCAAUAGGGGUGGACCAACUGCGUGCCGUUACGCACAUGAAUAUCGAAUCUGUGAGCAAGCAUUCUCGAAGAAGCCAGGAGGCUGUGUCUGGGAGUGUAACAGACUUGGCAAUCAUCCUGCUGCAAUGAACUCGGCCAAAAAGAAGAAAGAGAUUCAUAUGACAAUCAGAGCACAUAAAUCAACUUGCAGUGUUGCGGACUGGGAGGCGAGGAUGUUGUUAUUGAGUAUGCGGGAGGCGCAUGGUAAAGGCCUUUUCAACGGAAAAUAGCUCGCUGGAAUUUGUAUAUCUUUCUGGAGCGGCGUAUCUGAGUAUUACUGAGGUUCGUAGCUAGGGCUUUGUUUGGCCUACAAGAAGCGAAGUGUGUUGGAGUAUGUGGAAAGAGUGGGGUGUGAGAGCAUGAUCUGUUUGUGGGGAAGCAACGACUUUAUGAUAGUUUCCUCAGGAAGCCUCGUUUACCUGUAUUGUAGCCCCAGGGAAAUUGAAUUCAUUG